GUAAUUUGAAGAAAAGAGAACAAAGAAAUCAGAGAGUAUAAAAUCCCUCGGCUAGUCUGCACUUGGUCAGAGUAAAGCUCGACAGACAGGCGCACACUCUCUCCCCGCCUCCCCUUACGCUCGUAUAGUAAAGUGCCCGGCGCGCAGGUGGUGCUUGUUGCUCUGAAUCCGAUCAGGAUGAUGCGAUCUGCACAGCUUCUCGCUGCGGUCUUAUACUGCAUAGUGUGCAUUCAUUCCCUACCGGUACCAGACGGAAACAGCCACAGGUACAAACCUCCAACGGACUGGCCUCAAAAGACCCAUCAUCAUGGCCUAAAGAAGAGAGGCCGAUUUCAUCACACUCAGGACACCAGUGAAGACUCUGGCAAUAAAAGAGUGCACCCACACUCGACUCUUCCCAAAAAUGAAACUGAGUUCUGGAACAGGCCUCGCUGUGGAGUCCCAGACUACCACUCGCAGAAGGAAGGGAGCGUCCUUAAUUACUCAACCCACAAAGGAGGCUUGCUUGGGGGUCGUCAGCGCCAAAAACGCUUUGAUUUGUUCGGAGGACGCUGGGACAAAACAGACCUCACGUACAAGAUCAUGCGGACCCCUUGGCAGAUGAGUUUAGAGAAAGUCAGAUAUGUGCUGAGAGAGGCACUGCGGGUCUGGAGUGACAUCACCCCUCUCACCUUUACUGAGGUCACCAGUGGCCGGGCAGAUAUCAUGAUUGACUUCAACAGGUACUGGCAUGGAGACAAUCUUCCUUUUGAUGGACCAGGAGGAAUUCUGGCUCAUGCCUUCUUUCCCCGAACUUACCGGGAGGGAGACAUUCACUUUGACUACGAUGAGACUUGGACAGUGGGCAACAGCAUGGGCACUGACCUCCUCCAGGUGGCUGCUCAUGAGAUCGGUCAUGUUUUAGGGUUGCAGCACUCCAUGGCACCAGGCGCAGUGAUGUCGCCUUUCUACGCUUUCUCCUACCCGCUCAAACUGAGUGAAGAUGACAAGCGAGGCAUACAGUAUUUGUAUGGCUCCAAACGCACUGAGGAUAAUGUAAAGACGGAGGAGAGAUUUCCCAAAGUCACAGAAACCAAUGAGAUUGAAACCACAGUGCCUGACGCUUGCCUAACUGACUUCGAUGCUGUAUCUAUGAUCCGAGGCGAGCUGUUUUUCUUUAAGUCGGGUUAUGUAUGGCGGAUCCGUGGUGGUAAACUCCAGACUGGAUAUCCUGCAUUGGCAUCAAGGCACUGGAGAGGAAUCCCAGGCGACAUUGAUGCCGCUUUUGAGGACAAAUCUGGAAAUAUCUGGUUCUUCCAAGGCCAGAGUUACUGGGUUUUCGAUGCCGAGCGGCAGAUCACAGGACCAGACUCCGUGCGAAGGCUAGGUCUAACGGUGAAUGACAUCCAGGCGGCCCUCAUGUGGGGAGAAGACAAGGCUCAGAAGAUCUACUUCUUCAAAAAAGGAAGCUACUGGCGAUUCAACCUUAAGGAAAACCGCGUAGACUCACCCCACCCUCGCAGCAUGAGGGACUGGAGGGGCAUACCGAAUGACAUUGACGCCGCUUUCCAGGACCGAUUUGGCUUCGCCCACUUCUUGAGAGGGAAGCAGUACUGGAAGUUCGACCCAGUGGAAGUGAGAGUGCUGGAGGGAUACCCGCGAUAUAUUGGCAUGGAUUUCUUCGGUUGUUCUGCAGCCCUGUACCGAUGAGUCACGGGUACAACUAGACGUAAUUUAUCCCAAAUGUACUGCAGAUCUUUGUCAUGCACCUAGUGCAACUAGCACUCCCACAAGCAGUUUCCACAUGUUUAAAGGGAUAGUUCACCCAAAAAUGAAAAUUCUGUCAUUAAUUAACAUACGGUCUUAACAUGGUGAAGACUGACGUGGAACAGAAGAAACUGUUUAAUAAAGUACACAAAAAGUCACAUGGACUUACUACGUUUCUUAAUUUGUGUUCAGAAGAUAAACCAAGGUCUUACGGGUUUGGAACAACAUGAGGGUGAGUAAUUAAUGACAGAAUGUUCAUUUUUGAGUAAACUGUCCCUUUAACUUUGAACCAGUUUAGGUUGAGUAUUUUUGUUUAUAUCAGGUAAAGUGUCAGAUAUGCAGAUUCUCCAAAUCUGACCACUGGAUCAAACAUUUUUCUGUGGUUUCAAGCAGAUACUGUUUAUUCAAGAUGUUACAUCUGCGCACUUAACCACAUAAUGAAUGAGUAUAGCUGAAUCUUCUCAUCUGCAAAACAACGGCUCUCAUUCCUCAGGAAAAGCAGGAAAUUCUGGCCUUAAAUAUUUUUCGUAUAUAUUUUGUGUACUUGAUUUAUUUAUUAUUUGUAUAUUUUUGGCAGUAUUCAUAGUGUUAGGAAAACAUAACAGCCAUUUUUUAGGAAUACCAUACUGUGCCAUUAGUGACGUGCUGUUGAUUACCAUAGAAGAAAAUUUUGUCUUUAAAAACAAGCAAAAACAUAGUAGUGGGAAUACUGUAGUAACUGACAGUUUUUCACAGGUGCUAUUGAACUUUUAUUAAAUCUGGGACAUUCCUUUAAUGCGCCAAAAAUAUCUAAAUAUUGAAAGCCUAUAUUCCAAACUAAAAGUGCACAAAUCUACUUACAUGAGCAGUUUUAGUUCAGAGGCACUUUUGGUACAAAUGUAGGUGACGACAACUUGAGGUAAACAUUUACUUUGUCAAAGCAUCCUAAAAUAGUUCUCAGAGCAAAAUUAACUUACCUAUUUUUUACUGAACUUUGUAGACUUUUUAAUUUUGUUCGGUGUGAACGUCCAUUUAGGCUUAACCUAAGUCUGUAAAGGACUUAUGAAGACCUGUUUUUCAAUAGUGAUAAUGUAUAUUUUACAGUGCAGGUCACUGAUGCUGUUCACGUGUUAACUAAUAGAAUUUUUUGCAUAGUGUGGCUAAUGAGGAAUAUAAUCCUUAUAGCAUGAUAAUGAUGGCUUUUGAUACAAGGAAACUGCACACUUCUCAUUCACUGUUAUUAUAAUAUUUGUCAUGUAAUCGAUUCUUUCUCAUUUUUAAUAAUCAACUUACUGUGUAAAUAUUUUGUAAAAAGAAUUGUAUUAUAUUUUCAGCUGCAAUAAAA